AUGUCCCAAUGGCGAGUCACAGCCGAGCAGCCACUCCGAGACAUCGAAGGCCUCGAUCACGAACGAUGCGCCGCUCUGCACAACCUCAUCAUCGAGCAAGGAUGGACUGCAAGCGGCCGCAGCCUGAGCCAUCUCGACCGCCGGUCGUGGUGGGAGUGCUAUGGCGGUGACGCGCAACUAUUGCCGCACGCUGCCAAGCUGAGCCCUUCUCUCAUUGCCUUUCUCCAGGCGGCGUGGCACGGCUACGCAAUGACGGCACAGCCUCAACACGCAUUCUUCCGGUAUCUCGCUGGCCUCAGCUCGCCAGACCAGCUUUGGGAGAAUGCCAACUACGGCCACGACGAGGACGACUCCAACAAGCGGCGUUACGUGACGCUCUACAUGGCGAACUGGGCGCUGGGCGCCAGUCACCCGUUGGGGCUCGUCUUCGAUCAGGACAUGGCCACGGCAAUGCAGCAUAUUUCGAUUCAUGACACGAGCGUCACGAUGAAUGGUAGACAGGUGUGGCUGCCCCUCGAGCUCGUUCUUGAAGCCUUUCUGGACAUGAUGGACCAGGGCAAGGUGCUGGCUGUGGGCUCGUCCUACGAUGGAGAGCAAGAGCGGAUCGACCCCUGGAUUAUGCCGUCUUAUACGGAGCGUGACUUGGAAGAGACGCUCGAAGCCUUGGGCCGACUCACACAAGCGAUUGAGGCUCGUAUGCCUGCAUCUUCCUGCGCUGAAACGCAUCAUCUUCGAAAGAUUCUCCAGUCGGGCACAAUCUUGCCAAACAGCUUCGCAGGCCGGUUACUGGCACAGGCACGCGAGGUUCGAUUUCGCUACAUUGCACCAGGCCUUCGUUUAGCCCACCAACAGCCAUUCUCCUCAGUCAACAUCAACGAGGGGCAAUCGAUGCCCAUACUGCUCUUCGAGAGCAGCCAGGAGGCCCAUCGAGACGCGCGGCGAACGCCAUGGGGAGAAGAAGUCGUCAUACCGCCGUUCCCACCACCGUUCCAGGAGGUAGCGAGUUAUCCUGCCGGAGUCUAUCUGACAGAGACGGAUCCGCACGGCACGCAUCCGUUUGAAGACGGCUGCGUGCUCAUCCUGCCGUAUGCCAUCGGCGAGCACGGCUGGGCUCGGACCAGUGACGGGGCGCUGUUUGGAGAGGAUACGCAUGCCAGAGGGCCGGUCGCGGAGCCGGUGGCGGCGACUGGCACGGCGCUGUAUCAGCAGGGAUUCAACCACUUCAUACGGACGCACGACGUGCAGCUGAAGCAUGUGCUGGAGCGCUGGGCAGAGAUGGUGGAGGGAGGCAAGUGGGCGGUGGAUGGCGAGGGCGUGGCUGGGGGGGUGGACAAGUGGAGGGAGGCCGAUACGGAGGAGGGCUGGCGAGACUAUCAGCUGCCGAUGGCGUGGUGA